GCGCAACGCGCAGCCAGCCGAGCAACCGCCGCCCCAGCAGCAGCCUGCCGGAGUUGUGGUUGGAGCGGUUGGCUUUCGGCUUUCGCCCCUCAGCAAGCAGCGAGCUUCUCGUCGCGCAUCGCGUCCGCCGACCCGACCCUAGCGUGAGCCUGAGCGCGGAGCCGAGAGGGCAGGCGGCGACAUGGCCAAGACCACGGCGAUCGGCAUCGACCUGGGCACCACCUACUCGUGCGUGGGGGUGUUCCAGCACGGCAAGGUGGAGAUCAUCGCCAACGACCAGGGCAACCGCACCACCCCCAGCUACGUGGCGUUCACCGACACGGAGCGGCUGAUCGGGGACGCGGCCAAGAACCAGGUGGCGCUGAACCCGCAGAACACGGUGUUCGACGCGAAGCGGCUGAUCGGCCGCAAGUUCGGCGACCCGGUGGUGCAGUCGGACAUGAAGCACUGGCCCUUCCACGUGAUCAGCGAGGGCGACAAGCCCAAGGUUCAGGUGAACUACAAGGGGGAGACGAAGGCCUUCUACCCCGAGGAGAUCUCGUCCAUGGUGCUGACGAAGAUGAAGGAGAUCGCCGAGGCGUAUCUGGGCUACCCGGUGAGCAACGCGGUGAUCACCGUGCCCGCCUACUUCAACGACUCGCAGCGCCAGGCCACGAAGGACGCGGGCGUGAUCGCGGGGCUGAACGUGCUGCGGAUCAUCAACGAGCCCACGGCGGCCGCCAUCGCCUACGGGCUGGACCGCACGGGCAAGGGCGAGCGCAACGUGCUCAUCUUCGACCUGGGCGGGGGCACCUUCGACGUGUCCAUCCUGACGAUCGACGACGGCAUCUUCGAGGUGAAGGCCACGGCGGGCGACACGCACCUGGGUGGGGAGGACUUCGACAACAGACUGGUGAGCCACUUCGUGGAGGAGUUCAAGAGGAAGCACAAGAAGGACAUCAGCCAGAACAAGCGGGCCGUGCGGCGGCUGCGCACCGCCUGCGAGAGGGCCAAGAGGACGCUGUCGUCCAGCACGCAGGCCAGCCUGGAGAUCGACUCUCUGUUCGAGGGCAUCGACUUCUACACGUCCAUCACGCGGGCGCGCUUCGAGGAGCUGUGCUCGGACCUGUUCCGCGGUACGCUGGAGCCCGUGGAGAAGGCCCUGCGGGACGCCAAGCUGGACAAGGCGCAGAUCCACGACCUGGUGCUGGUGGGCGGCUCCACGCGGAUCCCCAAGGUGCAGAAGCUGCUGCAGGACUUCUUCAACGGGCGCGACCUCAACAAGAGCAUCAACCCCGACGAGGCGGUGGCCUACGGGGCGGCGGUGCAGGCGGCCGUCCUGAUGGGGGACAAGUCCGAGAACGUGCAGGACCUGCUGCUACUGGACGUGGCGCCCCUGUCGCUGGGGCUGGAGACGGCGGGGGGCGUGAUGACGGCGCUCAUCAAGCGCAACUCCACCAUCCCCACCAAGCAGACGCAGGUCUUCACCACCUACUCGGACAACCAGCCCGGGGUGCUGAUCCAGGUGUACGAGGGCGAGCGGGCCAUGACGAAGGACAACAACCUGCUGGGCCGCUUCGAGCUCAGCGGCAUCCCCCCGGCGCCCCGCGGCGUGCCCCAGAUCGAGGUGACCUUCGACAUCGACGCCAACGGCAUCCUCAACGUCACGGCCACCGACAAGAGCACGGGCAAAGCCAACAAGAUCACCAUCACCAACGACAAGGGCCGGCUGAGCAAGGAGGAGAUCGAGCGCAUGGUGCAGGAGGCCGAGCGCUACAAAGCCGAGGACGAGGGGCAGCGCGAGCGCGUGGCGGCCAAGAACGCGCUGGAGUCCUACGCCUUCAACAUGAAGAGCGCCGUGCAGGACGAGGGCCUCAGGGGCAAGAUCAGCGAGGCCGACAAGAAGAAGGUGCUGGACAAGUGCCAGGAGGUCAUCUCCUGGCUGGACGCCAACACCCUGGCCGAGAGGGACGAGUUCGAGCACAAGAGGAAGGAGCUGGAGCAGGUGUGUAACCCGGUCAUCAGCGGACUGUACCAGGGGGCGGGAGGCCCCGGGGCCGGAGGCUUCGGGGCGCAGGCGCCCAAGGCGGGGUCGGGCUCCGGCCCCACCAUCGAGGAGGUGGAUUAGGCCGGAGGGCCUCGCUCGCUCCUACCGUCCUUUCUGCGGGUCCCUUCCUCUGGGACCCGCGGGCUGCUGGGAGGGACUCCAGGGACCCUGCUGUUGCUUGAUGUGCUGUGCAAGUCGAGGGCUCUGUGCUUGAGUGGGUUCUGAAGUUAAGUUACGGGCUGAGGGUGAUGAGGCGGCAUUUCUCACGCUUUUACGGUGUAAGUCACGUUAUUUACCCAAGCGCAAGUUAGUGCUGUAAGGAUGUUUUAUUUUCUCCUCUGAAGCUGAUCGGUACUGCCACCUUGUGUACAGUGUUUGCUUUGCAACAGGACAAAAGGCUAAUUUUGAUUUGUAAUUCAUUUAAUUGUGAAAGUGCUUUAAAUUUUCAGUAGACUGUACCAGGAUUGGGUGGCGUGGGGACGGUUGCCCUGGGGCUCAGACCCCGGAGUGUGUUCUGGGUCGGCCUCCUCUAUCGAGGUGUAUAUUAGACCAUCCCUUUCUUAAGCCCUGUUCAUGGUGUAGAUGUUUGGGACUCAAGAGUUUAAUGUUGAUUGUAUUACCUAUUUGUAUGUUUGUAAAGUUAAACUGAGUAUUGUGUUGUUGAACUGUGGAAUUUGCAGCCGAAUUUCUACUGUCAUUUUGUCCUUUUAUUUUUUUGUAUAGUCAUUCUGAACCGAAGCCUGUUUUUAUUGGUUUUUUAAAAAAUAAAUAAACUUUAAGAUAAUUUGA